CGGCGAAGCAAAGCAGCCGGAGAGCCGCUCCAGUGAAGAGCCUGACGGGGCAGCAGGAGCCGGAGAGUUUGUGUUGCCCGCGCGCCGUCGUUCCCCGCGAGGAGCCCGAGUGCGCGGCAGCGGGGCGCCUCGCCUGUAGCUUCGCCCGGCAGCUCCCAGCCAGCGCGGGAGCCCUUUCGCGUUCCCACCCCGCGCUUAGAAAAAGCCAAGCCGGGGAAGAAGGCGGCUUGAAGGACCGGGCGGCGGCGGGAAGGAACGCAAUCAGUCUCCUCCAUCUCUGAUCUACAAUGAGUGCCAAAUCCACUAUCAGCAAAGAGAUUUUCGCUCCGCAUGAUGAAAGAAUGUUGGGAGCAGUCCAAGUAAAAAGGAGAACGAAGAAAAAGAUUCCUUUUUUGGCAACGGGGGGUCAGGGCGAAUAUUUAACUUACAUCUGUUUGUCAGUGACAAACAAGAAACCUGCACAGGCAUCUAUUACAAAAGUCAAACAGUUUGGAGGUUCCGCAUCUUUUGUCCGAAGGUCGCAGUGGACGCUUGAACAACUUCGCCAGGUUAACGGAAUAGACCCUCAUAAGGAUUCCCCAGAAUUUGAUUUACUAUUUGAAAAUGCUUUUGACCAAUGGGUAGCAAGCACAGCCUCUGAAAAAUGUACAUUCUUUCAAAUUCUCCAUCAUACCUGUCAGCGGUACCUUACAGACAAAAAGCCAGAAUUUAUAAAUUGCCAGUCUAAAAUUAUUGGAGGAAAUAGCAUAUUACAUUCGGCUGCAGACAGUGUAACCAGUGCAGUACAGAAGGCAAGUCAAGCUUUGAAUGAGCGUGGUGAAAGGUUAGGUCGAGCAGAGGAAAAGACAGAGGAUAUGAAGAACAGUGCUCAGCAGUUUGCAGAAACUGCACACAAGCUUGCCAUGAAGCACAAGUGCUGAAAAUGCCUACUAUAAAGAUAUUUCCAAGAGGAACUGAAAAGCUAGAUUCAUCAUUUUUUUACUGGAUAUACAACCACAUCUCUGCUUUUUUCUACAGUUCAUUGAAGCCCAGUUAUUCCAGUUACUAUGUAGGAAAUAAGUUGUAUUCCUAUCUUUUUGUAUUGCUAAGCCAUUCUGCACUUUUACCAUAUAUAUUUUUUAUUAUUUAAAAUAAGAGAUGGUGUUAACAUGGAAAUUGGACCAAAGGACAUACUGAACUGCAUUGAUCUUCAACAUUGCACUUUUCCCAGUAUUAAGAAAGAAGAAAUAAAACUGCCUACGGGGAAGAUUACCAAACGAAAAUAAAAUCCAAGGAAUUUGGUUUACAAUUAUCUCUUUGAACAAUUUUUAGAGCUACAUAGUUUAUGCCUUCGAUCACUGAGCAAAACGAAAUGAAUUAUUUGCUAUGAAAAAGCAGCCUUCUCAUUUCUGCCAGUAUUAAUACUCAUAUUUUGCAUUGCCAUCAUCAGCACCACAGUGCAAAUCUGGAUUCGAGAGGUCAACUUGUGGUCAACACUACAUUUUCAAAAUAACUUCUUCUUUUUUACUCUUCUGAUUUAUUCCUUGGACUGUAUAAUACCACCGAGAAUUCACACUUGAGAUGUUAAGGCUAAGGAAACUCUGAUGAUUAAAUUUCCGAAUGUCUCUACAUUUAGUCUGGAAUUUAGCAGUCAAAUUAUAAAACAGAAUUUUCCCUUUGUAGAUGAGAUUUUUAAGAGAGAGAGAGAGAGAGAGAGAGAGAGAGAGAGAGAGAACAUUCCAAAUCCACAUUAUACCGGAAUCAUUCCAGCAUUUUAAUGUGUCCAAGAACACUUACUACACUUGCUGAAGCUGCAGUCUGCUUAAUGUUAAGCAUGCUUCAAUUUUAGUGCUUUGAGUAACUUUGGUACAUUUAUUCCCAACACUGCAGCCUCGCCAUCCUUGGCUAGGAGAAGCUAAGGUUGAACUGCCCUUGCAAUGAGUGGUUCCCAAGGAGACUCAUAAUUUUAGAGUAACUAAAAUUAACCUUGCAUUAUGUGGAAUACUCACUUGCACACACACAAAUUUCGUUGGUUUUGAAGCUUUUGCCAUUUGAUCUAACAACAUGCACAAAAGCCUCUUGGUUGAGUUUGGGAACUGGAGCUAUGCAUGGAGUUCUUGGCACUAGAGCUCAGCAUCCAGUACUUAGGGUUCGCAGUUACUCAGUUAGCUUGCAACACUUGAUCUAUAAGCACAUCCAUUGCACAUGAAGUCAGUUCUGUCUGCUUUGUCAACAUCAGUACCAGACCAUUCUUACCUAACUUGCCUUCAAGAGAUGAUUGAGUCGUGUGGAUCCAACCACACCCUUUCCUCUGAUAGCACUGAAUAUUUGCUAGGCAUAGGAAGAUGUGUGCGCAGAAAAUGUGAGGGUCUUUCCAUGACUCUCCAGAACAACCCUGCCUCCUCCAUAAGUUACAGCAAAUGUUUCAGGAUUUCUGAUAUAUUUUGCAUUUUCUUCUCUGAUUUUCCUCCCUGCUUUGAAUUUUUCGAUCCAAAGUGAUAUGUGAGCAGAAUUUCAUGUUAUUUCACUGCUAUCGCAUUAUUCAUGCCGAUUGGAACACACCUAAUGGUUUUCAAGUAAGGCAGCCCAAGAGAUGAGGAAAACGGUUUGUAGAUAUUGGAGAGCGAAAUUUCUGCAUUUUUAUUUUAUUUUUGUUUUCACAGACACCAGCAAAACAAAAGAAGCAGCUUUUAAUGCAGAUGAACCUUUAAAUCAACACAGAGAGAACAUCCAUUUAAUUAGACUUAACUGCCCAUUAGAUUUGUUUGAAAUUGUAAGAGAAAAGUGGCUUUGUGGACCCCGCACCCCUUAGGAGUUACAACAGCACAAGCCUGCCAGUUAGACAUGUUCCAAAUCAGAAUAAGGUGGUUAAAUGUAAUGCCUUCACUUUUCAUCCAAGGUGCAUUUUGAACCAUUGGCUCCACCUCACACACCUACUGCUCAGGAAUUAAAUGCGACAGCGAAAUAUCCAGUAGAACUUUGCCCUUUGGAAUUAGACUAAAGUAUACAGCAUUUUCCAAAGCAAUUUUGUUACCAGUUUUUCAUUACUGUUUUUAAUAGACUUGGACGAGGCAGGAGUGUCAGGAUUUAAAAAAUAAUAAUAAGUAAUGAGAAAUACAAGCUAAAAUACAGUUGCAAUGUCAGUUUUGCCUGAGUUACUGGAUGAAACUGGAGAUCGUCACAAAGGCAGCCUGUGGUACCCUUCACACACAGCAAUGUGGGUACCACAUUUCUGUAAUGCUGCCCCAUGCAAUGGGCUAUGCGUGAAUAGUGCCAUCGUAGGGAUCUUUCCCAUGCGAUCUUUCCCACACAACACCAAGUACCCUGGACAAGUAGUCACAUCAUUCAUAGGCAGUUCCAGCUCUCUAAACUGCAUCAUGCAAAGCCAGCACCAAUGUGGCCAUAGCUGAAAAGGACUUCAGUUGGAGAUUAGAUGAAUUUACAAUGAACAUGAAUGAAGUGUUAGGUAACACAGUGUGAAUGAGGAUGCUAUUUGCAGUUGGCCAUAUCUGAUCGGAGGACUCCUGCUAAAUUCCAGAUUUUCCAUUGCUUGUACUGUGAACCAUUAUUCUGUAUGUUAUAUUUAUUUUGCACAUUUUUUGCAUUUCAGAUCAAUGAUAAUUUUGGCUUCUUGUCAAAUUAGGGCUUGUUUUCAAACUGCCAAGCAACCCCUGGUGAUUUUAUCACUUUGAUGUAUCAAAAAUUAGAUCUUAAUUUGUAUUUCUGCUAUUGAGUAAAUUUAAAUUUCAUGGUGGCUUUUUUUUUUUUAGGAUAAUUAGAAGCAAAUGUGCUGACAUCUAGUACUGAAGGUAAACAUUAUAGUGUUAAAAACGUCCUCCUGAGAAUAGUGGUAGUAUACAAUUCUAGUAUUAGAUAUUUGAGUACACAAAGUAUACCGUAAUUCAGGUUAAUGUUUCAUAUUCAAGAAUGUAUUUGUAAAAAGUAACAAGAACCAUAGUUUCUUUAUCAACUUUUUAAAAGUUCUGCGAAGAAUAAAAAUCAUGUGUUACUGGACUUCAAACUGUUAUAUCAGUGAGAUCAGUCUUAACAGCCUAUUUUUGUGGCUAGCAAAAUGUGCAUUAAUGUGAAAAUGUUAACAGAACUUGCUCACUAAAUAAGUGAUCUUAAGUUUGUUGUGCUUUAACAUGCCAAAAUUGUAAAUUCUUGUUGAUAUGAUAUUCUUUCUAGGGAUAUAAAAAAAACACACCACACCAUUCUACAAUAAAUAGGUUCUUUUCUAAUCCUGGUUUUUGUCAUUCAAUAAAAUAUGCUGUUCUUCCAGAUUAUUUGGUGAGAGAAGGCAUGACUGUAAAUUUAACCUUGUAGAAGGAUUUUUGUUAUUAUUCCAUACCUCCUCUUUUGCUUUUAAUCCUUUUAGAUGACACUUAAGGGCGCUUCCAGUAGACCUGCAUUUUGAGCAUUCAUCCUGAUUUGUUUGCAGGCAGAUUAGACUUGGUUAGCUGUUUUACUGAGCAUUCACCUUUGUUUAUGAGGAGGCUAGAUGAUGUAGCAUCCCACACUUUCUGCUACUUUUUCCUUUCGCUCCUUUUUGCUAAAAAAAAGAAGAAAAUUAUCUUUUGGGAAGCGGGUUUGAUGUGCAAUAUCUCUAAAUCAACUUUAAUUGUGCAACUGGAAUUUGCUGGUAUGUGGACGACUAUCACCCCAAAAUAGUGACUGUCUGAAGGUGCCCCAAGUCUAAAGAGCUCUGUGGGAAGCACAAUUUGAACUGGGAGCUCAGCGGCGCCUCCCUUCACCCCUCGGCCACACCAGCAAGGGCUUAUUUACACAACUACUUUAUGGUGGUUACUGGAACACUUAGCCAUGUUCCCCCCACCCCUUAUUUCCUCCUUUUGUUGCUGGCAGAAGUGCCUAAUAAAAUAUUACAUACUAGAGAUCCAUAAGGAAUCAGCCAUUCAAAAUAAAGAUUUCAUGGCUCAUACUUGUUGUAUAUAUGCCUUAACUAAAUGAUUUACACAAAGUUGGCCACUGAUUUUCAUAUGUAUUCCAGACAGAUAAGAUUGCCUGCAAAGAAUGUGACACUUGUUUGUGGCCUGAAAUGUGUGCAGAAGCUGAUCGCUGAAGACCGUCAUCUUUUGCAUCACAUCAUUCAGAAUUGUUUUGGCUUCUUGUCACACCUGUACUGUAAAUAUUCACAUUACUAAAAGGUAUAUUUACCAAUGUGCUACAUGCACAAUACGAAGUGCUACUGGACCGAUCCAUCCUCUUGAAGAAUAAAAAGCACCAUGGCUCUAAAUGGUUACGGUGCUCAAAUACAUUGCUGAAUGUUGUGAAUGCAAGUUGCAGUUUGUCCCUUCAAUAAAUAGCUACUUCUCUCUUCGUCAGGGCAUAGGAAUGUCUAGGCCCUUGGAAUGAGAUGUUGGCCUUGUACAAAACUAUAAUCUUGCAAAAUAGAAUUCAUUGUAUGUAUUCUGUGUGUGAUUCACAUAACUGUAAAAUGACAAUUUUGUUUUCAUAAUAAAAGUUUUAAUAAGUAUAUGAA